GAGACAGCUACAUACCGUACUACCCCACUGGGGACGUGUACUUCCGCCGCCGCCGCAGGGCCCGGCCCGCGCCGCACGGGUUCCGCAAACGCAGCGCAUCGAUCCCUGCACGCAAUGGGAUGCGCCCGAGCCGCCUGUCAGCAACGCCUCAGCGCAGGAAGCGACAGAUCCGUCUCAACGAUAAUGACCUGGGCGCCCUGAUCGCGUUCCUGACGGACCUCAAAGUCACCAUGGAGCGCUCGUCAGGGGAGUGCAAUAAUCCGUCCCACCACUCCUUCUUCCGGGAGAACGAGCUGAACGAGGAGCUCGGAGCGGGAAGCGGGAUCGAUGAGGACUACACGGACGACGAGGAGCCGCGCCCGGCGCCCGAGCAGGAGUUCCCCGUCUGGCUGAUGCCGCAUUCGUACCAGUUGGAGCCGGCGAUACCGGCCCCGCAGCGGCGCGCCUUCUACUACCCCACCCUGCUGCCGGGCCAGAAGAGGGCGUUCGGACCGCGUCUGCCCGCCGCCAAGCUGCGCGAGGGCCGUCUGUACGGCUUCGGACCGGCAUCUCAAGAUGGCGGACCGCCGAGAAAGUUUUCACAAAAUCCCUCACUGUUUCCAGGGCCGUCUGUACGGCUUCGGACCGGCAUCUCAAGAUGGCGGACCGCCGAGAAAGUUUUUCCAGUGAGACGUGCCAUGUCAUGCACAACGAUGACGUCAGGCAGCUGCAGUCAGCUGACCGGGCCGGGAUGGUGCUCUCACAAGCUGUGGCCUCGCACGCUCGGCACCAGUGACGUCAUAGUUUUGCAGAGACUUGUUUUGGGCGUAAGUUGGAGCCGCCCAGUGCCGGUUGCUUACCCGUGAUUUGUGACGAUGUGAAUGUGUUUAUGCUGCGGUGUAAGUUCAUGUGCUUUGCUGUCCCAUUGUGGUUGAAAAUGUCCCACAAGUUAUUGUUUCAUGUGCUACCGAAUUGGAGAAACAUUUUGGUAAAAUUACUGGAAGCUAUGACAGUAGAUUCAAUAGCUAAUACACAGUGUCUGGAGUGUAUUUUGGGUGUAUUUGCAGAAAGCCGUUAAAUCAUCAUUUUUGUAUAGUUCAGCAAAUCAUCAUUUAUAAUAACACAGCAAAAAAAACAAUGCCCCUCGUUCGUUUCGAGUCAUGAAAUGAAUUCAGAUGUUUCAAAUGAGACAUUUGCACCAAUGCGCGACAUUCAAAAUGGGUUUACAAAUUGCAUGUGGUUUCCUGUAAAAAAGAAACAGAUUCGAUGUGUCAGUGAUGUGCAGCGUUCAAUAUGGUAGGUCCCAAGAGCUGCGUAAUCACAACAUGAAUAUGUAAUUGCAACCAUCAACGUUUUAUCUUCUACCAAUGGCGAUCAGCUUGUCGCAAGUGGAUUACGGGCAAAGCCACGAGAACCUUUCAACGGCGCUACCACUCGUCGGAAGCUCGCUGUGUGAUCUCUUCCGACUCGUUUAGUUUGUCCUGUGCGCCAAUGAGUUGCAGCUUGAUGCUUAUUUCACCGAGCUUACAUACAAGGAUGGUUAGAUACUAGUAGAUGAAGCCGUCGGAGUGUGUACAUCUGAUGCCAUUCGUUGUCAUAUCUUUAGUUCAUAAUCGAAUGUGUUGAAUCGAAAUGUGACCCUUUGCAUCAAGAGAUUUUUAAUUGCAUGCUGUGCAAAAUUUGACUGAUUGCACUAAACUGGGUUGAUGUAAACAUGGCAUGACCUGGACGAUGGAUGAUUUUAAUGAAAAUUAGCCAUUGUUUUCAGGAUUCGGAAAUCCACUCAGUACCAUGCAUGUGUGCUGUCGUUGGCAGUGUCACUAAAGAUUACCAAAAUACUGCAUGUAUGAAAGAAUACUAAAAACUAAAUGCUCACGGCAUUUGGGUCCGAACGGUGAACUAACAAGUCAUGCUGCACGUCCUGGGUAGACGCUUGAGUCCCAUAAUUCGUCCCGUCAUUAUGGUAGAUUCAGGAAGCACCAGCUGUGCAUUUGCUGCGCCCUUGCUGUUCGACAUUCCAUUCUGGUCGUCGGGAAAAUGUUCCCCUCCACAUGUGCUGCCUCGCACUGCUACAACCUGUAUACGUCCUCGUUCGCGUGCUAGUUUCGACCUACGCGCAAUGUGCGCGGCUGACCCUCGUUCGUUUCGCGCGAGUCCAACAGAUGGCAGCAGGUGUCUCGCCGCCCGCCGCAGUGAACACCGCUCCCCGCGGGAGUCGGGAUCACGCAUCAUUGCCUGUCGACAGUAUUGCUCGGCUCGGGCCCGUACCGUAUUUUUGUCCGGAGGUUGGAAAUACAUGUUGACUACGAAGA